CCUCAAAUCAGUUUGGUCACGGUUACAGGGGGAACGAUUGUUAGUCGGUUCCUAUACGGACAGGAUUUGAGGCCGUACGGGGUUUUGUUUCUGAGCGUCGGCUCUCGGGCUGAAGUACCUGAACCAACUGAAAAAUGAAUUCCGGUCUUAUCUUGCUGUGUGUGCCCGGCACCAAUUUGUAUCUACCGCUGCAUCCUGAGAUUCCACCGCAAGGAUUUCUGCAGAUUGCUGAUACGGGGUUAGAUCAGCCGACGUCCUCCGCUGAUCUCCUCACUGAUGAAUCUCCCACAGGAGAGGAGUCCGAAAUCGGUAAGGAGAGAGCUCACCUCUGUGCAGAGUGUGGGAAGAGUUUUACCCAACACAGCGAUCUCCUGCGCCACCAGCGCGUUCACACAGGAGAGAAACCAUUUUGCUGCUCGCAGUGCGGGAAGGGAUUUAUUCAGCAGAGUGAUCUCCAGCUGCACCUGCGCACUCACACCGGAGAGAAACCGUACGACUGCUCGCACUGCGGGAAGAGCUUCACUCACCGGAACAGCCUCCAGCGCCACCAGCUCAUUCACUCGGGAGAGAAGCCGUACGACUGCCCGCUCUGCGGCAAGAGCUUCACUCAUAAGAACAGCCUCCAGCGACACCAGAGCGUCCACACCGGAGAGAAGCCGUACGACUGCUCAGUGUGCGGCAAGAGUUUUAUCGACAAAGGCCAUCUGAAGAAACACCAGCGUGUUCACACGGGAGAGAAGCCGUAUCAGUGCAUGUACUGCGGCAGGAGUUUCGCCCAGCAGAGUUACCUCCAACAGCACCACCGCACUCACACCGGAGAGAGGCCGUAUUACUGCUCGGAGUGCGGCAAGAGCUUCACUCAGCUGAGCAGCCUCCAGCUGCACCAUCGCAUUCACUCGGGGGAGAAGCCGUACGACUGCCCGGAGUGCGGGUGCGGGAAGAGUUUUAGUCAUCAGUGUCAUCUCCAAGACCACCAGCGCAUCCACACUGGAGAGAAGCCGUAUCGCUGUUCGCAGUGCGGGAAGGGUUUUGCUCAUCAGAGUAACUAUCAGCGUCACCUUCGUACUCACACGGGAGAGAAGCCGUACUGCUGCUUGGAGUGUGGGACGCGUUUUGUCCGUCAGUGUCACCUCCGAGAUCACCAGCGCAUUCACACCGGAGAGAAGCCGUAUCGCUGUUCGCAGUGUGGGCAGAGUUUUGCUCGACAGAACAAUCUUCAGCGUCACUAUCGCACUCACGUGGGAGAGAAGCCGUACAUCUGCUCAGAGUGCGGGAAGAGUUUUAUCCGCCAGUGUCACCUCCGGGACCACCUGCGCAUUCACACCGGAGAGAAACCGUAUCCCUGUUCGCAGUGUGGGAAGAGUUUCGCUCGACUGAGUAAGCUUCAGCGGCACUUUCGUAUUCACACGGGAGAGAAGCCGCAUUGCUGCUCGGAGUGCACAAAGAGUUUUAGUGACUUGGGUAGCUUAAAGAAGCACCAGCGCACUCACACAGGGGACAAACCAUGUGUCUGUUCAGAAUGUGGAAAGACUUUUACAGACCAAGGUACUCUGAGGACUCACCAACGCGUCCACACUGGAGAGAAGCCGUAUCGCUGUUCACAGUGUGGGAAGAGUUUUGCUCGACUGACUAAGCUUCAGCAUCACUGUCGCACUCACACGGGAGAGAAGCCGUACUGCUGCUUACAGUGCGAGAAGAGUUUUAGUGACUUGGGUAACUUUAAAAAACACCAGCGCACUCACACAGGGGAAAAACCAUGUGUCUGCUCGGAGUGCGGCAGCAGUUUUCCUGACAGUAGUACGCUCGCAGCGCACCAGCGCGUUCACACGGGAGAGAAGCCGUAUUUCUGUUCGCAGUGUGGGAAGAGCUUUGCUCGACUCAGAAACCUCCAGAUACACCACCGCAUUCACACGGGAGAGAAACCGUAUCCUUGUACGCAAUGUGGGAAGAGCUUUAUCGACAGAGGAAUUCUGAAGAACCACCAGCGCAUUCAUGCAGAAGAGAAGCCGUAUCGCUGUUCGCAGUGCGGGAAGAGUUUUGCUCAUCAGAGUAAUCAUCAGCGUCACCUUCGCACUCACACGGGAGAGAAGCCGUACUGCUGCUCGGAGUGCGGCAUGCGUUUUGUCCGUCAGUGUCAUCUCCGAGACCACCAGCGCAUUCACACCGGAGAGAAGCCGUAUUGCUGUUCGCAGUGUGGGAAGAGUUUUGCUCGACAGAAUAAUCUUCAGCGUCACCUUCAUAUUCACACCGGAGAGAAGCCGUACAUCUGUUUACAGUGUGGGAAGAAUUUUAUUGACUUGGAUAAGUUAAAGAAACACCAGCGCACUCACACAGGGGAAAAACCGUACGUCUGCUCGGGGUGUGGGAAGUGUUUUUGUAAAAGAAGCACUCUGACAGCACACCUGCGCAGUCACACAGGAGAGAUGCUAGUGUCCACAUGAGACUUGCAGGUUUAGUUGCCUCAUCAGGGUGCGAAAUACCCCCUGGUAUUCGGGGAGGGGUCCAAUGUUGUCUUGCUAAUCCAGUGUUAGCUGGCUGCACACUCACCCUAGUGGCGCCGAUGCUACAUUGGCAACAGAACGUUUGGUUUGACAGUUCUUCUUCUGUAAACGUUCUUUUCUAGUCUGGUAAUGUUCCACACAUUAACUGAGAUCUUAUACAUCUUGUGUUUUAGUUUUAGAAAUGCAUAAUAAUUUAUUAUUUUCACCAGUCUCCUGGGAAACUGGGUGAGGUUUCAUAUUUACAAAUAUGCUACAACAUAUUGCAAAGUUGUUUAGAGGUAUCUCAAGCAUAGUUACGGUUUCUAGGCUAUGAUGGACCAACUGCUUGCUACAGCACCACUCUGAGGCUGAUCAGUGCUGCAUCUGUAGUUAGUUAAGGAUACCAAAGACGGAAGCUUCCCGAGUGUGGUGAAGCAGUGAAACAAUAACAGCAUAAUGUUAGAAUAUGUUUAUUGUCAGGGACCCCCAUAAUUUUGAUUUUGAGACAUUCAGGGGGUCCAAAAGGACCUUGUAUUUUGCACCUUGGCCUCAUCACAUCACUCCACUGAGUUUGAAUGUCUACAUCAUUUCCACAUGAAUACAACAAAUUUUCUCUUUGUUUGCUUACUUUUGGAGAUAAGAAUAUUGAUGUAAAAUAUUUUAUCAAUGUGGAGGUGACAUUUCAAUUAAGUAAAAAGCAUUUCAUCAUUUUUUUUUUCAUUGGACAGUAUUUUUUUAAUGUAUGUAAAGAUACAGGAUAAUUAUGAACUAACUGGAUUACGUUCUCUAUUACAUGUUCUCUUCUCAUUUUGAAGCUCUCUGGGCCACCUCUUGGUCCCAGUUGUGCAUACCAACAUAAAUGUUACCCUUCAUCAGCACAGGCCAAUGUGAUAUUACCCCUCAUCAGCACAGGCCACUAUGGGUGUUAUUCCUCAUCAGCACAGGCCAACAUGAACGUUAUCCUUUCAUCAGCACAGGUCAACACAAACAUUAUCCCUCAUCAGCACAGGCCAACAUAAACGUUAGUCCCCAUUAGCACAGGCCAAUAUGGACCUUAUCUUUCAUUAGUACAGGCCAAUUUGGAUUUUAUCCCUCAUCAGCACAGGCCAAUAUGAACGUUAGUCCCCAUUAGCACAGGCCAAUAUGGACCUUAUCUUUCAUUAGUACAGGCCAAUAUGGACGUUAUCCCUCAUCAGCACAGGCCAAUAUGAACGUUAGUCCCCAUUAGCACAGGCCAAUAUGGACCUUAUCUUUCAUUAGUACAGGCCAAUAUGGACGUUAUCCCUCAUCAGCACAGGCCAAUAUGAACGUUAGUCCCCAUUAGCACAGGCCAGUAUGAACGUUAGUCCCCAUUAGCACAGGCCAAUAUGGACCUUAUCUUUCAUUAGUACAGGCCAAUGUGGAUGUUAUCCCUCAUCAGCACAGGCCAAUAUGAACAUUGGCUGAUAUAGGCAUUAUCCUUCAUUAGCACAGGCCAACAUGAAUGUUACCCUAAUCAGCACAGACCAAUAUGAACGUUAACCCCCAUCAACACAGGCCAACAUGAACGUUACCCCUCAUCAGCGCAGGCCAAUAUGAACGUUACCCCUCAUCAGCGCAGGCCAAUAUGAACGUUACCCCUCAUCAGCACAGGCCAAUAUGAACGUUACCCCUCAUCAGCGCAGGCCAACAUGAACGUUAACCUCCAUCAUUGCAGGCCAACAUGAACGUUACCCCUCAUCAGUGCAGGCCAACAUGAACGCUACCCCUCAUCAGCGCAGGCCAACAUGAACGCUACCCCUCAUCAGCGCAGGCCAACAUGAACGCUACCCCUCAUCAGCGCAGGCCAACAUGAACGUUACCCCUCACCAGCGCAGGCCAACAUCAACGUUACCCCUCAUCAGCACAGGCCAACAUGAACGCUACCCCUCAUCAGCACAGGCCAACAUGAACGCUACCCCUCAUCAGCACAGGCCAACAUGAACGCUACCCCUCAUCAGCACAGGCCAACAUGAACGCUACCCCUCAUCAGCACAGGCCAACAUGAACGUUACCCCUCAUCAGCACAGGCCAACAUGAACGCUACCCCUCAUCAGCGCAGGCCAAGAUGAGCGUUACCCCUCAUCAGCGCGGGCCAAGAUGAGCGUUACCCCUCAUCAGCGCGGGCCAACAUGAACGUUACCCCUCAUCAGCACAGGCCAACAUGAACGUUACCCCUCAUCAGCACAGGCCAACAUGAGCGUUACCCCUCAUCAGCACAGGCCAACAUGAACGCUACCCCUCAUCAGCACAGGCCAACAUUAAUAUUAUCCCUCAUCAGCGCAGGCCAACAUUAAUAUUAUCCCUCAUCAGCACAGGCCAACAUGAACGUUACCCCUGAUCAGCACAGGCCAACAUUUAUAUCAUCCCUCAUAUAUAAAUCAAUGUACUGACUUACUGAAUAAUGCAAUGUUGUGUAUGAAGUUUGGUGGUACUAUACUGUUUAUCUGUAAUUAUAAGUCAGUGAUAUUUUA